GGUUUGCUUUUGCUUGCUCUGCAAAAGCAGCGCUUUUUUUGCAGAAACUCGGCGCCUGCCUCGCCUUCCUUCCUUCUUUCUUUCUUGUUUUUUUUUUUGCGGGGCGAAGGAGCUGCCAUGACGGCGGCGGGGAAGGGGGUGUCUCCCCCUUACCUGCCCCCGGGGCUGGCCGGCGAAAGCAGCCUGAACAGGGCCAGUUUUUGGGGGCCUCGCAUACCCCCCCAGGUAGAAGCCAUGGCGAAGAGCCUACAAGAGCUAGAAAAGGAGAUUUUCCGGAAACUCCUCAAAGCCACCGUCGGCGCCUUGGAAGGAAAGGAGUGCCAAGCCUUGGUAAAGACGGUCGCUGAGAGUGCCCGUCUGUCGGAGGAGCAGCUGGCCGUCCUCCUGGCUGGCAUGUAUGGCCUCCUCCGCGAAGCUUUGAGGCUCCCUCUGUCUUCUCUCAAGCAAGAAGUGUUUAAAGAAGAUUUGAAAUUGCUCAGGAUACCAGAGGAAUUCAUUGCCGAUUUUGCAAAGGUGGUCUUUGGGAACAGACGCCCCCUCCUCGAAGCCGCUCUUCAGAAACAAGGAAACCGGCUUCCCAGAAUCGAAGACUUCAAGUGGAGAGUGGAUGUUGCCCUUUCAACCAGCUCUCUUGCCCGGGCUUUACAGCCUUCCAUCUUAAUGCAACUGAAGAUCUCUGAUGGAUCCACUCAUCGCUUUGAAGUCCCCGUGGCCAAAUUCCAGGAAUUAAGAUACAACAUCGCUCUCAUUUUAAAGGAGAUGAAUGACUUGGAGAAAAGAAGCAUAUUGAAGAUACAGGACUGAGCAUUUAAAAACGAGAAACUCAAGUUUUCAAGACUGGAAGAGUUUACAAG